CAUUUCCCUCCAUUCUCGUUCUUCAAACCCUAAUCUCCAAGCUUGGGAACGAUCGAGAAAGCCAUUCAUGGAAAGGCAAGACCUCAAGAGCAGCAAACCACAGCCAUUAAAGGAAGGCAUGUUCACUCGCAGCAAGUCCCAGACCUAUUCCCAUCAAAAUCGUUCGGGUCGGGUCAGAUUAGACACCACUAGAUCCAGUCCCAGCUACCAAAAUUUCCAAAAGCUCUAUCCAACUCCCAAGAAGCGCAAAAACUCUUAUUUGCAGCAGCCUGAAGAAGCUCUUUUGGAUGUCAACGACGGCUCACGCAACCUCCGAGUCCGGAGGGUUUUCUCUACGAGCUCUGUAAUUGAACAAAAUGGCGAAAGUUCGGAGCUGGGUUUGAAAAGCGCGAGUGUCGAUUCUUCUGGAAAUGGCUGUGCGGAGAUGAUUGGAAUGGUAUUGGAGGAUCUAAAACGGGAUUUGGAAAAAGGCGAAGCUGAUCUGGGCUUAGAAAACCAUGGUUUCGAUAGGAAAGUUGGAGCCGAUGAAGAACCCAUUAAGGUAGCAUCAAAAGAAGCAAUUGAAAACCGUGAAACUGGUCAGCCUCCAGUCAAGUUUAUUCGCCCAUAUGAUUCAAGCACUACAAAUAAAGCGGUUGUGAAGCCAGGCUUGUUAAGGAGGGUAUUUAAAACUUCAAGCUCAUUCAGCUAUAGAAGAUUGCUGCCAUUUCUGAUGAGCUUAGAAAAAGAUGACUCUUGUGCUUCUGAAAUUGAGUUUGAUGAUACAGGAUUAAAUCCCGAAGUUCAGAAUAUGAACAAUGUGAAGCCUAAUUCUUCACCAGACAAUAGCAACUGCAAUGCUUCUAAAAAUGAACCUACGGUUGCAGAUUCAGAUGAUAGUAAACCUUUAGCAAGAGGAGAAAUUGACAAUCUUGGUAUCAGCUCUCCGUGCAAACAAACAGAGAAAAACUGUGGCAAUCUUCACUUGGCUCAAACCGAGGUCAAUAGUGGAUUGCAUAGUGUUGACACAAUGCGUGAUAACAUUCUGAAUGGAAUUGAUGAUGUAAUGGGAGAUGACAUUUCAAUGACACCACCUGAUCCUGACAUCUUCAGUAAAUUUGACUUAAAUGACUAUAAGGCCAGCACAGAUCAAAGUGCUCAGCAGAUUGAGAAUAAUGUUCUUGGUAAUCCCUCAAAUGGAAGGUGCAGAAGCAAUAAUGCCUUCAGCUCGAAGCAGUCUUAUCAGAAUCCUUCUGAGAGAAAUGGCAGUAGUUGGAAAACCAAAAUGGUUCUGAAUCCUUGUUCUAGAAAGAAGGUUCUCAAACCUCCAAACUCAGUUAUGUAUAGACGACUGCUUCCAUAUCUGAUGGAUGUUGCAAAAGAUAACAAAGACCAGCCAAAUAUUUUAGAAUCAAAAGAUUCUAAUCCACCGAACUCACAAGCAUCUACAGCUAACAAUGCAUCUGAAGUCCAUACUUCAAAUUUAUCGGUUGCCAUGUCAAGUUCUACUAGUGAUUCAGCCAUAGAAAAGCCAAUUCUUGCACCAUCGGAAGACAUUACUGAGCCCAUUAUUUCAUACAGUCCUGAGAUGGAUGGGACACCUCAAGUAGAACAUAUUUUGUCAGAUACUACCAAACAGUUAGAGCCAGAUCUUGCAAACAAUGAUAGAAAGGAAAAUGGUGAAGUUCCCUCAAGUCCUAUAGCUAAUGCUGAAUCUUCACCCAAAAUGCCAGAAAUUUCACAGCUUGAAGCAGCUAAUUGUGAAGUAGGGGACAUCCAAGCUGUUAACCAUGAAGAUAGCAAACAUGUGGAUGAAAGAGAUGUUUCAGAUGACGUGCAUUCCAACACCUCUACUUUUGCGGGAAUUCAUACUGUUGUUCCUACUGAAACUCUUCUAAAUGAGUCUUCUGUGUGGAUGGAGGCAGAUUGUCAAGAAGGCAGUGGUAAUCUAGUUAAAGAGAGCACUUCAGAUGAAAGCUCAACACCUAUUGAAGAAUCCAGUCUCCCAGUAGUUCAUACUGUUGGUCAUGCUGAAACUUUGAUUAAGGACUGCAAGUUAGCAACCCUACAGUCUAAGCAUUUUGAGGAAAACUAUAUCAACAAUGGAGCUCUGAUUCAAACAGUUACUAUCAACAAAGUGUCAUCUGAGGUUCAGGCUUCAAACCAUUCAGUUACUCAAACUGACGGUACCAUGAAAGGAGUAUUGAGGAGAAACCCAAGAGGGUGCAGAGGACGGUGUGAUUGUCUGAAUUGCACGUCAUUCCGCUUGCAUGCUGAAAGAGCAUUUGAAUUUUCAAAACAUCAGAUGCAGGAUGCUGAAGAAGUUGCUCUUGAGUUGAUCAAGGAAUUAUCAGACAUUCGGAAGUUUCUGGAGAAUGCUGCAUCUAAAAAGAAUAAUCUUGCUGCAUUUGAACCAACUCAGGUUAAAGAAGCACGCACUAAAGCACUGCAAGCAGAACAACUAGCAAAAGAACGACUCGUCCAAAUGAAUGAUGAGCUCCAUUAUCAUUGCAGAAUAACACCUUUGCAGCGGCCAAGGGUGACGUUUUCAGUCUCAACAACAGAUAGGUCAACCCGCGCCAAGAACACAACAGAUAACAAAAGAAAGAGGAACCGCAAUUCCUGAGCUUCUAUGUGAGUUUAUUUAUUUGC